AUGUCUCCAGCGGCGUACCAGACCGAGGACCCCUACACUAUCGCUGAUUUCGAGAUUGGAAAACGACUGUUUACAACGCAUAUGGCCGUACAGCUAGUCGUGGGCUCACCAGAAGGUAGACAAAGUGACGCUCUAUCCCAGUUCGACUCCCUGAUCGCUGCCUAUGACUUCAAAGAAGCUAUUGCGACUUUGGUUAAAGCUGGCUUGGAUGUUCCCCGAUCGGACUUGGUUUGUGAUGAGACCUAUCAGGACGUCCUCUAUAAGAUCAUAGGACGUACCAGACUGGGUGACUCUGACUCUAAAGAAUCCUUUCCCACAUUGAUCAAGCAACUCCCAUUGUUGGACUCAUUGAAUGGUGGGGUAGACCUCACCGUUGCUGCCAUCACUGAUCGGGUAGCGACUGGGCUUAGCACUGGUCCUUCAGGUUCAGAGGCUGACAAUUGGAAGUAUACAUGUCGCUUGUGGGAAGAUGCACAAGUGACGGGGGAAGAGCCAAAGGCAGAGGAAACAUGCAUUAGCAACUUUCCAACCAAGUUUCGUGUCACUAUUCGGUAUUGUGGUGUAGAAGCCUAUGGUGAGGGAAGAAACAAGAAAAUGGCGCGCCAUAUCGCGGCUAAACGUGUUUGUGGAAAACUCAACCUACGGCUAGCCCCGUGA